AUGUUCCGACGCGCCCUAACCGCGGCCUCAUCAGCGCGCGCAUCAUCCACAAGCACAAUAACAAGCGCCUCAUCUUGCAAGCUCCAACUCACCCGCCCAUCAUGGCACCUUGUACGCACACCCGAGCAAGAGCAAGAGCAAGAGCAUGAACAUGUUCUGCUCUUCCUGCUCUUCAAUGAUAUCUCAAGCCCAAAUCCAAAACAAAAAAAAAAACUAACCACAAAACUCCUCCAACAGAACCCAAGCACCACCCGCCUCUUCACCACGACUCCAUUCACAGCUUUCACAGCAUCACCACCAACCAAGAACCCCUCACCAUUCCGCCUCUCCGCAAACAAAACCGACUCCUCACCCCCUCCUUCGAAGAUCCCUUACCAACCAAAGCGCCAAUGGCCACCGGAUAUGUCCAAGCUAUCGCCGAAACACCAGUUCCGACUUGAGCGCAAGUACCGUCGUCGCGCGGCGCUGAAGUAUGCCCGGCCGAAGUUUAUGAAGGCUGUUACGCUGGCGCAGUGGGUUGUUAUCGGAUUUGUCAUUAUCUAUUCCGUGCUAUUCAUGGAGUGGGAUACAGAUGAUACCGCGUUCCAUGCGAUUCGGGAGAAAUUCUUCGCUGGUGUCCGGGCUAUAUUCUCCAGCGCGCCGCCUCCUGGUCCGAGAAGGGAUCAGAAGGAUAAUGCGGCGUCUGAGCAGAGCUAG